AGAGAGUCAAGUCCCGUAAUGACCAAGUAUCCUCGGUCAAUCACUCUCGUUGCACCGGAAGCUUCAAAAAGUACACAAACAUGUGAUUAAAUAAUGAAUUAAUCAUCUUAAACUAGUACUGUUAUAUAAAUUAGUACAACUCCAUUAAACUUCCACAGUUGAAACAAGAGACUGAGAAACAAAUUAGAAAUUCAAGAAUAUCAUUAGAAGCAGAGAAACUGAGAGAUAUCAAGAAUAUUAUCAUUAGCAAGAGAUGGAAAAUGUUGUGAUGAGAGAAGAAGUGGUGAUAGUAGGAGGAGGAGUUGCAGGUUUAGCAACAGCCUUAGCAUUAAAGAGAGUUGGAGUGAAAAGUUUAGUAUUAGAAAGAGCAAAUGAGCUGAGAGUAACUGGUGGUUCUCUAACUCUUUUCCCAAAUGCUUGGAUUGCUCUUGAAGCACUUGGUGUUGCUGACAAACUUACUUCUGUUUACAAACCUUUCAAAAGGGGAGAAGUUACUAAUGUUGUAAGUGGAGUUACCCAAGAGGUUCUGUUUACAACUGAUGAAGGGGAUGAGUGGUUGGCAAGAGGACCUAGGUCUGUGCAUAGGAGAGCUUUACUUGAAGCUCUGUCAGAAGAACUACCAACUGAUACAGUCCGUUACUCAUCGAGGCUUCGCUCAAUCGAAAAAACUAAAACACAUAAUGAUGCAGAUUCAUUUGGGGUAUUCGUUCAUCUAGAAGAUGGGACUACUAUCAAUACCAAGGUUUUAAUAGGGUGCGAUGGUGUGCAUUCUGUGGUGGCAAAGUGGUUGGGGCUUAAAGCACCGGUUUAUUCAGGUCGGUAUGCCGUGCGUGGAUUAGGAGUGUUUCCUGAAGGUCAUGGAUUGAAACAUGAAGUUCAGCAAUUUGUUGGAGAAGGUCGUAGAUUUGGUAUCAUGCCAAAUACCAACACUGACGUCUUCUGGUUCAUGACUUAUCAAUCCACCCCCAGUGCAGAGGAAGAGAUGGCUAAAGGAGACCCAAAAAUCAUACAGAAGACAAUGUUAGAGAAAGUACCUGAUUCUGCACAACUUGUCAAAGAUGUUACACAACAUGCUUAUAUGCCAAGUUUAUCAUGGGGACCCCUACAAUUCAGAUACCCAUGGGAUCUUCUUUUUGGUAAAGUUUCAAACGGCACAAUUACUGUAGCAGGUGAUGCAAUGCACCCAAUGACACCAGACCUUGGUCAAGGUGGUUGUUCCGCAUUAGAAGACGCAGUGGUGUUGGGCCGCCACAUAGGAAAUUCGUUUAUCAGAAAUGGUGGAAUGCUAUCACAGGAGGAUUUAGAGGUCGAAAUAGGAAUGUAUGUCAAGGAGAGGAGAUUUAGAACUGCUGGGUUGAUUACUGGUUCGUACAUUUCUGGUUGGGUUCAACAAGGUGGUGGUGGUGUUGGUAUAAUCUCAUCAACAAGAGUUGUAGGAUGGUUGACGAAGUUCGUUCGAGAUACGGUAUUUUAUAAGAUAGGAUUCCGCCGGUUAGUUGGUUUGGUGCAGUAUGAUUGUGGAAAGUUACCUACUGGUUCGACUUCGUGUGGAAAUUGAUGUUGUGCGGUUAUAACUUGAAAGUAAAUAUCAACAAUUCUUUGUUACGACGCUGAAUAAGCUCAUUGCAAGCAUUAUUGUAAUAUAUCAUUUAUAUUUGCCAUUUUUCAUCAAUAAUCCAAUCCCAAUUUCUCUUUUCUUUA